GGUAAGGACCUGAUGGAUAUGAAAGUUGAGGUUGAAGAGGAAGAGGAAGAGAAGUUUGUGAGCGGAGCUCAGCAGUCUAUGGAGGAAGUUGGGAUGAUUCAGAAAAGUAAAAAGGAUUCCACUCUAGACAUCGGCACAGAGUGCGGGAAACGUUUCACUGAGGAAAGGGAGCUUCUUAAACACCAGAAAAGUCACAAGGGUGAGAAUUCCUAUUCAUGUCCAUUGUGCGGGAAAUCUUUCACUGAGGAAAGCAAGUUUGUUAAACACCAGAGAUAUCACAAGGGUGGGAAUUAUUCUUGUUCAGAGUGCGGGAAAAGUUUCACUGCUAAAACAAGCCUUGUUAUACACCAGAGAAUUCACACAGGUGAGCGACCUUAUUCAUGUUCAGAAUGUGGGAAAAGUUUUACUAGCAAAACAAAUCUUCAUAGUCACCAGAAAAUUCACACAGGUGAGCGUCCGUAUUCAUGUGCAGAAUGUGGGAAAAGUUUUACUAGCAAAACAAAUCUUCAUAGUCACCAGAUAAUUCACUCAGAUGAGCGUCCGUAUUCAUGUGCAGUAUGUGGGAAAGGUUUUGCUAGGAAUGAAGCUCUUCUUACACACCAGAGAAUUCACACAGGUGCUGGUCCUUAUGCAUGCUCAGAGUGUGGGAAAAGUUAUACUAGCAAAGAAGCUCUUCUUAGACACCAGAGAAUUCACACAGGUGAGCGUCCUUAUGCAUGCUCAGAGUGUGGGAAAAGUUUUACUACCAACAAAGCUCUUCUUAGUCACCAGAACAUUCACACACGUGAGCGUCCUUAUGCAUGCUCAGAGUGUGGGAAAAGUUUUACUACCAACAAAGCUCUUCUUAGUCACCAGAACAUUCACACACGUGAGCGUCUGUAUUUAUGUGCAGAAUGUGGGAAAAGUUUUGCUAGGAAAGAAUCUCUUCUUACACACCAGAGAAUUCACACAGGUGAGCGUCCGUAUUCAUGUGCAGAAUGUGGGAAAAGUUUUGCUAGGAAAGGAGCUCUUCUUACACACCAGAGAAUUCACACAGGUGAGCGUCCUUAUGCAUGCUCAGAGUGUGGGAAAACUUUUACUACCAACAAAGCUCUUCUUAAUCACCAGAACAUUCACACACGUGAGCGUCGGUAUUUAUGUGCAGAAUGUGGGAAAAGUUUUGCUAGGAAAGAAUCUCUUCUUACACACCAGAGAAUUCACACAGGUGAGCGUCCUUAUGUAUGCUCAGAGUGUGGGAAAAGUUAUACCAGCAAAGAAGCUCUUUUUACACACCAGAGACUUCACACAGGUGAGAGUCCGUAUUCAUGUUUAGAGUGCGGAAAAAGUUUUACUUACAAAACAAAUCUUCAUAGUCACCAGAAAAUUCACACAGGUGAGCGUCCGUAUUCAUGUGCAGAAUGUGGGAAAAGUUUUGCUAGGAAAGGAGCUCUUCUUACACACCAGAGAAUUCACACAGGUGCUGGUCCUUAUGAAUGCUCAGAGUGUGGGAAAAGUUAUACCAGCAAAGAAGCUCUUCUUACACACCAGAGACUUCACACAGGUGAGAGUCCGUAUUCAUGUUUAGAGUGCGGGAAAAGUUUUACUGACAAAUUAAACCUUAUUUCACACCAAAAAAUUCACACGGGUGAGCAUCCUUUUUAAUGUUCAGAGUGUGACAAAAGUUAUGCUGACACAGAAAAUCCCUCUUAGACACCAGA